UCUAACUUCAAUGAUAUUCUUACACUGGCUACAUCUUAUCUUUGACUGUACCGGUAGCACUGGAAAUCGAUAAAUCAUGGGAUCAGAAAGGCCGAAAUCACCAGAAUUUGAUUUGAUCAUCCGAAAUGGUCGUAUAGUGACAGCAGCAGAAGUUUUGCCUCUUGGUGUUGAGAUAGGGGUGAGGGGCGGCAAGAUUGAAUGCAUCGGGAGGAGACUGGCGGCGGACUCCAGCACGAAAGUAGUGGACGCGGAGGGUGCCUAUAUUACACCAGGAGGUGUAGACUCGCACGUUCAUAUCCAGCAAGACAACUCACCCACGGGAGACACAUGGGAGUCAGGAAGUCGCUCUGCAAUUGCUGGCGGCAACACUACUGUCAUCGCUUUCGCGAGUCAAAAGCGUCACGAGGACAGCAUAUGGCCAGCUCUUCAAGCUUAUCACAAGAAAGCCGAGGGGAACUCGUUUUGUGAUUAUGGCUUUCACGUUAUUCUAACAAACCCCACCGACAAGGUGCUCGCAGAAGAACUGCCCCAGCUAGUUGAAAGAGAAGGAAUAACCAGCAUCAAGAUUUAUAUGACGUAUGAGCCCAUGAAGCUUGGCGACGGCGAUCUCUUCAAUAUCAUGAUGAGGGCCCGCAGCUUAGGCAUCACCACUAUGAUUCAUGCCGAGAACAACGACAUGAUUGAGCAAAUCACUAAACGCCUAGCCAAGCAGAAUAACACUGGUACUUUCUUUCACUCCGUAGCACGACCGCAGAUCGCGGAGUCUGAAGCAACCUACAGAGCAAUCAGCUUAGCAGAAGUGACUGAUACUCCGAUUCUCAUCGUCCACAUGUCCGCGCCCACCGCUGUCAAGCAUGUAAGUGAGGCGCAGAGAAGGCUGCUUCCAAUCCAUGCUGAGACAUGCCCGCACUACCUGUAUCUGCUCAGCGACAGACUUCGAUCCGGCGACAACGAUUUCGAAGGCGCGAAGAACAUCUGCGCGCCUCCGCUGCGACAUAAUACUAACGAUUUAGAGGAAAUCUGGCUCGGUCUAGCCAAUGGAACUUUCACAGUCGUCUCAUCUGACCACGCACCAGCGACAUUUGACCACGAGUGCGGGAAGCUCAAAGGAUUCACCACGACCGAGGAAGGGCACAAGCACGCGGAUUUCCGCAACGUGCCAAACGGCCUGCCUGGAGUUGAGACCCGGCUUCCGCUGCUCUUUGAUCGAACCUUUGACCCAUCGCGGCCAAGCGAUAAAUUCGAAGACAAUAAGAUCCGCAUAUCCCUACCCCGGUUUGUGGAGGUGACCUCAACAAAUCCGGCGAAGCUUUAUGGUCUGGGUCAUCGCAAAGGAAGCCUACAGCCUGGUUUAGAUGCCGAUAUCGUCAUCUGGUACCCCGAUGAGGCACCUCUGAUUUCCCAAUCAGAGGCAGACGGACCCAAGAGCACUAGUCGUGAACGCGCAAGGACGCGGAGUAAGAUCACCAUUACCGACAGUAUGUUGCAUCAUCGGAUAGACUACACACCUUUCGAGGGUAUUGAAGUCCGGAACUGGCCGCGCUGGGUGUUCCGCAGAGGUGAAUUAGCUUGGGACAGAGACGGCGGGGGAGUUAUUGCGAAGAAGGGAGAUGGUGUGUUCCUCAGGAGAGCGAAAUCUACAAUCCUGACCGGUCAGAUGGGCAGACGGCCGAGCGGAAUGUUGUGGAACGAAUUGUCGUACUGGUCAGAAAAGCAAACGAGCACUUUGGUGUGACAGAAACCCAUGCGAGAAAAUGUGAAGAUUCAUGUCCUCGGUAAGGGAAUGCCACGCGAAUGCACUCAACUAAGGAGAAUGGCGUUGCGUGGUUCCUGGUGGAAGUUAGCCGUUAUAUAUCAUGACAUCAAUUAUACCAGCGCUCCCUAGCACGCAUCAAUAUGGAAACCCAGCUGCUUCUUCCUACCAUAUCAAACCAAAAGAGAAUAUUUAUUAACACAAUACCGUGAAUGGAAUGAGAUGCUUCAGCAGCGCGGGCCUCCACAUCGGAGUGACGCACUAAGUGGGGUUUGCCAGAUCACCUUCGCUACAUGCGGGUGUGACGAACUCUGCCA